AGAGCAGAGCAGCUGUCAGAGUCGUCCGUGCUGUAAAUAUAGCAGCGUGUGUGUGUUUGGAUCGGAGCAGUUGGGGGUCAUGAGGAGAUCUGAACAGACCGGAUCAACCUGACCGGCUCCGUCCUCAGUCUGCAGGACCAGAAACAGGAAACACCUUCCUCUAAAACCCAGAGAGAGAGAGAGAGAGAGAGAGUUGACCUGAAGAUCAGCUGGCAGCUGCUGGUGGCAGAUACCUGUGGACGUCAGCGCCUGAGUAAGGAAGCCUGUGAGGGUCAGUUCUCAGGAUGCUGCAGCUGUGUAAAGUCACCAAGGCCGUGUUCAUCAGUAACGCCCGCUCGGCCUGCAGCGACGAGCUCAUCCAGCAGGAGGCGGUGACGCUCUGCAUCAACGUGUCCAAGCAGCAGCCGUUUCCCUCCGCCGGCGUCAAGAAGCUGCAGGUCCCGGUCUACGACGACCCGUGCGAGGACCUGUACAGCCACUUCGACCGCUGCGCCGACGCCAUCCAGAAGGAGGCGAACCGCGGGGGACGCUGCGUCGUCUACUGCAAGAACGGCCGCAGCCGCUCCGCCACCAUCUGCAUCGCCUACCUGAUGAAGCACCGCAAACUGACUCUGGGGGAAGCAGUGCAGAAGGUGAAGACGGCUCGUCACGUGAUCGAUCCGAACCCCGGCUUCCUGUCUCAGCUGCAGCGGUACGAGCAGGAGCUGAAGAAGAGACGAGGAGAGACGGACUGACGGACACAAACCAGACAGCCGGCAGGUGAACGACGUCCUCUCCGUCCACCUUCACUCUGUCUGUUCUGACUGAAUGGACACGAAAACCCAGACAGACACAAACUACUUAAAUUCACUUCUUUUAAUGGGUGUGAAAAUAAGAAUAUUUAACAAAACAUUAUAUAAUAAGUAGAGAGUUGCAGCUACUUCACAUAAAUCAGAAACAGUUAAAAGGCCGAAUUCUGUGAAAUAACUCAAAUAGACUGAAAAGAAAAGAGACAAUAACUCUUCAAAUAAUAACUUUAUUCGCACAGCACUUUUAUUUACAUGAUUACAAAGUGAUUAAACAUAAAAUAAAAAGACAGUGUCCGUAAAUAAAGAACAGAAAAGUAAAAUAAUAUCUGUGAGAUUUUAAAAUGUGUGUUUUUAUCUGAUGUUUAAAUAAAUGUAAACAGUAGUUUAUUCUACAGUUUGGGUGCCAUGACAGUAACAUGUAAACUUAAAACUGGUUUCCAUAAGUGCUCAGUAGGUCAGAAUUAUUAUCCUCUCCACACGCGUAGUGUUAUUGCAAGUAGUUGAGGAGUAUUUCUAAUCAAUAAUCAGUUUCAACAACAAGCAGCUGAAGUGAAAAUAAGUCAAACUCAGAAAAACUGGAGGCCGAUCUCAUAAUUCUGACUUUUGCUGCAUCAUAAGUGUCCUAAUGUCGUAAUUAGAUUAGAGAUUAAGAUUUUUAAUAAGUCACUGAGGCCUGAGCUGAUUUAAUGAGCCGGUGAUGUCAUGCUUGUGAUCGCUCAGGUGCAAACAGCUCAGACCUCCUCCGAGUCUCUGCGGGUUCAGGAGCAGCACAGAUGCAUCCGAACUAUCAGUGUGACGCUAAAUAAACUGGUGUCAAUAAAACCAGGUCCCAGAUUACAGCGUAACACCUGGUGUCUGGUAAAUUAUCGAAGCUUUGUUCUUAAAAACGACAGACAGAAGUCAGAAUUAUGAGAUGAAGUGUUUUUUUAUUUUGGUGAACGCUCUUCUGUAGAAACACGACAGCUGGACUGAUGUUACAACCUGAAACAGCUGCAGCCUCCAAACACUGAAGCUCCUGAUUCAGAACUAAUCAAAUCAGUAAGAUAAGAUGAUCACAGUUUAACUGGGAGACAGUUAAACUACAAAGAACAGUGCAAUUAAUAUUAAUUAUUUACAUUAAAAUGAAACCUUUUUUGUUCAUCUUUACUGAUAUAAAGACCGAGGAGGGAGCUAGUGUUGUAGCUUUUGUCAGAUUGAUGGAUACGAUGUGAAAACGGGCAGAAAAACGUUCAGUUUUUACUUUUCUGACAUCUAUCGACCCGAAUCUGUGAAACAUCAACUUUUCUUUGUGAAUCUACAGAACUGGCUCGACUAUAAACCUUGAAUCUGUGCUCCAGUGGCUCCUCCUGAGCUGCAUCUGUGUAAAGCAUUGUGAUUGCAGUUCCACCUUCUACCUCUAGAUGGAAGCAUUUCCAUAGAAAAUAAUAAUGCAGUAUAAUUAGAGUACAUAUAUAUAUAUAGAGAGAGAGAGAGAGCGAGAGCUGCGUGAACUGGAACCAUCUGAACCAUGAAGAAACGUGUUCAGCUCAAACAGCUUUUACAAAUCUCCACAAAAAGAAACCAAACAGUAAAACGUCCUGAUUCUGAGAUGUAACGUUAAAUAAAAGCAGAUUAUUAACAAAGGCCACUUCAUGUAAAAGUACUGCAUUCAAAACUUUAAGUAAAAGUAUUAUCAGCUAAAUGUACUUAUAGUGUAAAAGUAAAAUGUCAGUGUUUCCUUAUUGUAUCUGAUUGUGUAACGUUGAGCUGAUUUUAACUCCUUUAUAUCCUGUUGGGUAGUUUUAUCUGCAGCAAUGCAUCAUGGUCUAAAACGAUUGUGUGACGAUUUUCUACUUAAUCUAAGAGGGAUUUAAAUAGUUAAUUUAGCUUAAAGGACAAUUUCUGUCUUUUUAAACCACCGGCGUCUUCCUGCAACAACUCCAGUGAGAAUUGUCUAUUUAAAAACCUAUUUUUAGCUUUUGGUAAUGAUGAAUUUUAAACAAUUUCAUCAGCCAGAAUAAGUGAAAACUCUGGAGUGGGUAAACAGGAUAUUUGGCUCUGAAAUGACCGACAGCAGAAACCUUUUAAAAUAAAAUGAUGGUACUUUUUGUACCAAGUGUGGAUUCAGUUAUGAGUUCCAGUUCAUGCUCUUUGAUGCUUCUUUAGUUUUAGAAGUUAACUUAAUUCAACAUACUAUAUAAACGAUCAACUCUAAUAAGCCUUCAAAUGUCUUAAACUGCGCUGCACUUAGUAAAUUAAACAAAGCUCAGGUUAAAAUAGUUAGAAACGUUAUUGUUAAGUGUAUUUGUAGUAAACUAAUGCAGCAUAAAGUUACUGCAGGAACAAAUGUGUUGAUACAUGAACUGUGUGUGUGUUUGUGAAUCUCAGGUGUGUCUUCUUCAUGUUGUGGUGCUGCCAUUUAGAGCUGGAUUAAAAGCAAUAACUAAUUAGACCGAUGUCGUUUAUAAACCACAUCACACCUCUAAGUGUUUCAGUGAGGAUGUGAUGAUUAAACUUAAGCACAUGUGGACACAUCGGGCCUUUAAGACUCUGCUGCUGUAAACAUAAAAUAAAGUUAUGUGUUCAUCA